AUGGAUGUGCAAUCAGUGAAAGAGUUGCUGGCAUUUUCAUGUAGGAAGAGAAAAUGGCUAAUGUUGUCAGCUAUAUGUGGAGCUUCUGGUUAUGGUGUUUACAAGGUGUUGAAUUCACCAUCCAUGGAGAGUAAAAGGAAGAGGCUUCUGAAGCUCUUCGGAGCACUGGUUUCAUUAUCCGAAUCGAUCUCGGAUUCCGCCGAGACCAUCAAUGUCAUCUCCAAGGACCUGAGGGAGUUUCUAAAAUCAGAUUCUGAUCAAAUUCCCAACAGUCUGAAGCAGAUUUCAAAGAUUGUUAGUUCGGAUGACUUUUCACAGUCUUUAAUCAGUACUACUCAGGCUCUAACAGUUGGUGUUUCGAGAGGCUGUAAGCAAGAGUCGGGGAAUGUUUCUGAACUGGAAAAUUCAAGCUUGACUGAUAAGGUAUUGGAUAGGGCUUUUUCUGAUUCUGGGACUGGUUUUGUAUCUGUUGUUGUUGGUAGCUUUGCUAGGAAUCUGGUGCUGGGAUUUUGCUCCAAUGGUGGACAAAAUGGUGGGUCAUCUGAUGUGCCCAAAUGGGUUUAUGACGAUAAAUGUAAAGAGCUAAUGGCUGAUUGCAUACAGAGAUUUGUAAGCACUGCUGUUGCGGUCUAUAUCGACAAGUCCAUGACCAUCAAUUCUUACGAUGAUAUGUUCGCCGGAAUGACCAAUCCAAACCAUCAAAACAAAGUCACAGACCUCUUGGUUUCCGUUUGUAAUGGUGUCGUCGAAACGCUGGUGAGAACGUCUCAUCAAGUUUUGACGAGUUCAAACCCGGCUUCUACUCGUGCAACCGUCAAUAAUUGCGAUGCGAAUGCCGGUGGCACGAGGGACGGUUUCGAUAACGGAGCGUUUUUAGUGAACAAUGGGUGGGCUGACAAGGUCUCAUCCACAUGGGCAGUUCCAAGGAAUAAGAAGUUUGUGCUAGAUGUGACCGGGAGGGUUACCCUCCAAACAAUAAGAUCUAUAGCUGUGUUUCUGUUAUGGAAGCUUUCACAGGGCUUGAAAAGAAGCGUUCGUGUUGUCCGUGAGGAAGUCGUUGAAAAAGGACUCGCCGUCGUCCGAUACGUCGGUGCGGAAUUGUCGGUUAUCGUCACCUUUUGUCUCGCCAUGUACUUGUAUAUCCUAGAUGGUAGAAGGGUUCUUUUACCUGCUUGA